AUGAGCUCCAACCACGCCGAGGCUAAGGCACCCGCGGUGGAGAAGAAGAUAAGCGACAAGGAGGCCCGCAAGGCGGCGCGCCUGGCUGAGGAGAAGGCCCGCGCCGAGGAAAAGGCGGCCCUCGUGGAGAAAUAUAAAGACAUGUUUGGUGCUGCACCGAUGGUGCAGUCGACGGCGUACAUGUCGCACACGUACGUUCCGGUUGCAGACCUGUCGCAGCCGGCGUUGGUAGACAAGACCGUGUUGAUCCGUGCCCGGGUCUCGACGACGCGCAAGAAGGGGAAGAUGGCGUUUAUGGUGCUGCGCGACGGGAGGGACUCGGUGCAGGCGAUGGUUGCUGUGGAGGGCGACGUACCGAAGGAGAUGAUUGACUUCGUGGGACAGAUUCCGACAGAGUCGAUUGUGGACGUCGAGGCCUCGGUAUGCAAGGUGGAGCAGUCCAUCACAUCGACGUCGCACUCGGACAUUGAGCUGAAGGUGAAGAAAAUUCACACAGUGACGGAGUCGCUGCGCACGCUGCCGUUUACACUAGAGGACGCGAACCGCAAGGAGUCGGACGAGGGCGCGAAGGUGAACUUUGACACGCGCCUGAACAGUCGAUGGAUGGAUCUGCGCACGCCGGCGUCCGGCGCGAUCUUUCGUCUUCAGUCGCGUGUGUGCCAGUACUUCCGCCAGUUUCUUAUCGACAGCGACUUCUGUGAAAUCCACUCGCCCAAGAUCAUCAACGCGCCGAGCGAAGGUGGCGCCAAUGUGUUCAAGCUGGAGUACUUCAACCGCUUUGCAUAUCUCGCCCAGUCGCCACAGCUCUACAAGCAGAUGGUGCUACAAGGUGAUGUGCCACGCGUGUUCGAAGUGGGACCGGUCUUUCGCUCCGAGAACAGCAACACACACCGCCACCUGACGGAGUUCGUCGGGCUGGACGUGGAGAUGCGCAUUAAUGAGCACUACUAUGAGGUGCUGGAUCUAGCAGAGAGCCUCUUUAACUACAUGUUCGAGCACCUCGCUACACACACAAAGGAGCUGAAGGAUGUGUGCCAACAGUACCCGUUUGAGCCUCUUGUAUGGAAGGUUACCCCAGAGACGAUGAAGGAGCUUGGUGUUGGCGUCAUCUCUGAGGGCGUGGAGCCGACAGACAAGUACCAGGCACGCGUGCACAACAUGGAUAGUCGUAUGCUGCGGAUGAACUACAUGCACUGCAUCGAGCUGCUGAACACUGUCCUGGAGGAGAAGAUGGCGCCGACUGAUGACAUCAACACGACGAACGAAAAGCUCCUUGGCAAGCUUGUGAAGGAGCGCUACGGCACGGAUUUUUUCAUCUCAGAUCGCUUUCCGUCCUCGGCACGCCCCUUCUACACGAUGGAGUGCAAGGAUGACGCGCGCUUCACGAACUCGUAUGAUAUGUUCAUCCGCGGAGAGGAGAUCUCCAGCGGAGCGCAGCGCAUUCACGAUCCUGAUUUGCUCCUGGCGCGCGCCAAGAUGCUGAACGUCGACCUCACGCCGAUCAAGGAGUAUGUCGACUCGUUCCGUCUCGGUGCGUGGCCGCAUGGCGGCUUUGGCGUUGGGCUGGAGCGCGUGGUGAUGCUGUACCUUGGGCUGGGCAACGUGCGCCUUGCUUCGCUGUUUCCCCGUGACCCGCAGCGCACGACUCCGUAG